AUGACGCUCCCCCUCCCGCCGCGCGCAGACGCCCUUCUGCGCACCUCCAGCCGCAAGGCAGUCGCCGUCGCGCUCAACUAUGCCGCGCACGCCGCCGAGAUGCAAUCGUCCCUCCCCGUUCCCCGCGCCGCUCCCUACUGGUUUUUCAAGCCCUCCACGUCCUAUCUGCCUCCCGAUUCGGGCCCCGCUCUGCUCCCCGAGUUCUCCACAGUUCACCACGAAGUCGAGCUGGGCGUCGUCAUUGGCAAGCGCGCCACUGAUGUGCCUAGGCACCUCGCGCACAAGUACAUCCUCGGAUACAUCUGCGCCAUCGAUCUAACCGCUCGCAACUGGCAAACACAGGCAAAGGAAAUGGGCCGCCCUUGGUCUAUCGCCAAAGGCUGUGACACCUUUCUCCCCCACUCCACGCUGGUCCCUGCCGACGCGAUUCCCUUAGACAAGGACACUGGCGUGGCGGACGUCAAUCUCUACCUCGACGUCAACGGGGAGAGACGACAGUCUGGGUCGACAAAGGAUAUGAUCUGGACGGUGCCAGAGCUAAUCGAACACGUGUCGAGCUACGUCACGCUAGAAGAGUGGGACCUGCUGCUCACUGGCACGCCUGAGGGCGUGUCGGAACUCAACCAUGGCGACGUCGUGACGGCGGGCAUUCAGGGGAUCGUCGACCUCAAGUUCGACGUUGUGCGCAAGGCGGAACUUCGAAGCCCGGAUGUGCGCGCGGCGCGACAGUGA